CGUAGAAGGGCUGUGGCGUUAUCCGUUACGUCCUGAUGUCAUCAAAUUGGUUCUUCCGCUGCCGGUAGAGUGAACGUGAACUGCCAAGAAGGAGAAGAAGAAAAGCAGAAGUGGCGAUAACGUCGAAACAAUUACAGAUAGGCUGUAAGUAUAUGACAGAGCACCACAGCCGAGAAAAAUAAAGCAUCGUAUCCAAGAACUGUGAAAGCCAAUCCAAUCAAGCAGGUGACCGACGAUGGCUGUGAACGUGUACUCAACCUCAGUGACCAGUGACAACUUAAGUCGUCACGACAUGUUGGUCUGGAUCAAUGAGUCUCUACAGAUGAACCUCACCAAGAUAGAAAUGUUGUGUUCAGGCGCUGCCUACUGCCAGUUCAUGGACAUGCUGUUUCCCAACUCUGUGCCUCUGAAGAAAGUUAAAUUUGGUGCCAAGCUGGAACAUGAGUACAUCCACAACUUCAAGCUUCUGCAAGUUGCCUUCAAAAAGAUGGGAGUUGAUAAAAUCAUUCCAGUAGAUAAACUGGUCAAGGGGAAGUUCCAGGACAACUUUGAGUUUGUCCAGUGGUUUAAGAAGUUCUUUGAUGCCAACUACGAUGGGAAGGAGUACGACCCAGUGGAGGCGAGACAGGGCCAGGACGCCAUGCCCACACCCAACAUGGCCACUUCGGCUCUCAACAAACCCCCCAAGAAAGCCCUCAGUCAAGCUCCUCAGAGGCCACCUGUUGCUAAGGUGGCACCCAAGGUGGCUAACGUGAGCACGAGGAAGCCAGGUGGAGGAGGCGACGAGGAGAGGGCGGAGCUCCUGAAUGAGAUGGAGAUCCUGAAGUCAACCAUUCAGGACAUGGAGAAGGAGAGAGACUUUUAUUUUGGUAAGCUGAGGAACAUUGAGCUGAUUUGCCAGGAGAAGGAAGGAGAAGGCGACCCCACGCUGCAGAGGAUUAUAGACAUCCUCUACGCCACAGAUGAGGGCUUCGUGAUACCGGAUGCUGAGGACCAGGAGGAGUUUUAAUAUUCAAGACUGCGAGCAGAUAUUCACUUGGAUGCUCUGGUCUACAAACCCACCUCGAGAUCCUUCCUCAAGCCAAGACAGCCAGUUUGGUUUUAUAUCCAACACCAAACUUGAUCUCGAUUUGUGGUCCCCUCCCUCCCUGCCUGCCCGCCCCUCCUGAACCCCACACCCCGACCUCCUGGACUUCUUCCUGUAGCCUCCAGCUGCCGUACAGCUCAGCUCCUUCUUUAACUGAUAAUCAACAGUCUCAGUCACUGCCUCUUCUUCCUGCACACCUGUCAGUCUGCCCCGACCCUCACCUGUAACCCCAUCCUCCCCAAAACCAGAUCGAGCAGUGCAUAUCUGGUUUUUGUAAUGGACUUUAGAGUAUGAAAAACACGGUGAUGUUUUGUGUGUGGUUCUAUAUAUGUGUGUGUGUGUGUGUGUGUGUGUGUGUGUGUGGUUGUUUGUGUUUAAAAAAAAAAACAAAAAAACAAUUUAAAACAAAUCAAAGAACCUCCACUGGAGACGCAGCUGUCUGUCCACUUUGUCCCAAACAAACCCUGACGGUCUGGUUCUCGUCCAAUGGUGCCGCCGCCGCCAUUUUGUGCCUCCCCUGUUGACACUGAAUAUUUACUCUUAGCAGGAAGAUGCACAUACUUAAGUGCGGAAAAAGACGGAAAAAAAACCAACAAAACAUUCCCGACCAGAGAGACCAUUUUGAACCGCGUGUGACGUGUGCUUCUCGCCAGCUGGUCCCAUUUUUAGUAGCUGACGAUGCUUUGUGCUUUGGAAACAGUGAAAGAGCUGCUCCCAUCGUUUGGCAGUCAUAUGUAGCCAAUGAGAAAGCAGCCUGUGGACUGAAGGGCUCAGGGUUUAGUCUGGGACAAAGCCGCAGUCGGCUUCCUCUCUUGGCCUUUUCCUCCACCUGUGACUAACCGUCUUCACCGACGACACCAUCCUGACCUUGUCCUGUUCACCAUCAGAAGCGCUUUUGUAAAUUUAUGCCACUGUUUUAUCACAUGCCCCCCCACCACACACACUCCGUUUUAUUUUAUUUUAUUUUAUUUUUUUGGCUUGUUUGUCUUGUUUUGUCUGUUGGACAUCGGUCAGUCGUCCUCCCUGAGCAUGUUUGAUUUCUAUGCAGGCUGAGCUCGUCUCAUUUCCCAGCCAGCACAGCACACAAACGGACAUUAAAAAUCGCUCAUUUUUGCUUUUGCCAACGUUCACCUUUCAGACUUCCUAAAUGUUCUUAAUUUCAGGAAGACGUAGCUGCGAGUCGAUGUGAGAUGCGAUAAACAGAGCAAUCAGCAGUGAUUGUUUGCGUGUUUCUCCCUGUGGAGUUUUAAGGCACAUGCACUGUUUUAUACCAGUGGCCCUUAAUCAGAACAGUUUGCUGAGGGGGCGGCAGGAGAUCCCGACCCGCCGCGCUCCAAACACUGAGCUGUGACUGGCUGAUCAGUGUGUCGUUACCUGCCAGGCUGAGCUGUCGGAGUGUCCGACUGACGAGUCCGCUGAAGGCUGAUUCCCUUCCUGUGUCUCUCCCCCCCCCCCCCCCUUUUUGUUUCCUGUUUCCACACCCCGAUCGACCAGUUUUAAUACUAAUGUUGUAUGUUGUGGAUCUGAUUUGAGACCCGAUUUCCACUGUACUUUGUAAAAAUGACGUUUUUCACACAUUUGUACCUAAUUUGAGACAACACACCGGUGUUGAUUCCACACAGCAACUUCCUUGUUGUUGGAAUCACUUUGGAAUCAAUGGCCUUAUUCAUAAACAAUACAUUUUUUUUCAUAAGCAAACAUUUUUCAGAACUUUUUUUUUUCUUUUUUUUUUUUACUUAAAUGUAAGCUGUUGGGGCAAAUGUUUGUACUGUUAGUCGUAUUUUUUAUGUGUGCUGAAAAUAAACAACAUUGGAGGUAUUUUGGA